CGCAGUACUUUCACAAGUUUCGUAGCUUGAUCCUGAGAAAUACGGUGAAAAAGUAAUCUCAGAUCAGCCUGAAUAUACACCUACAUUGAAUCUAAUCAGCUUCGCUUGAAGGAGAGACAGGCAACUAACACUGACUGGGCCGCUUGGGGGUUGAUCAUUGUUUCUACCACUCGUCAACUUUGACAAAAUGGCGGCAAUCGAAUCAGUUGUGCCUCUUAGACGGGUUAAAAGAGUGCAGUUUGGCAUUCUGAGUCCUGAAGAGAUUAAACGUAUGUCUGUGACUGUCCCUGAAGGCAUCCGCUAUCCAUACACGAUGGAAGGGGGGCGUCCCAAAAUCGGGGGCCUGAUGGAUCCCAGACAGGGGGUGGUGGACAGGAGCUCCAAGUGUCAAACAUGCGCUGGAAACAUGACGAACUGCCCUGGGCACUUCGGGCAUAUUGAACUGGCAAAACCUGUGUAUCACAUUGGAUAUUUGACAAAGAUAAUCAAAGUGCUUCGUUGUGUAUGCUUCUAUUGCUCAAAGCUGCUGAUUGAUCCCAAUAAUGAGAAAGUAAAGGACAUUUUGAUGAAGACUCGCGGCUAUCCUCGCAAGCGACUGCAGCACACCUAUGACCUGUGUAAGGCCAAGAGUUUGUGUGAAGGAGGAGAUGUUAUGGAGAAGCAGUUUGACCCAAUGUCAGAACUUCCCCAGGACCCAGCACAACCUAAAUCCGCUGGGUGUGGUCGAUUCCAACCCAAAUAUCGCCGAGUCGGCAUUGAGCUGACAGCUGAGUGGUCGGACAAGAAGAGGAACGAUGACUCAAUGGAGAAGAAAAUUGUCCUCUCUGCCGAACGUGUGCUCGAGAUUUUCAAGAAUAUUCCCGAUGAGCUCUGCAACAUUCUAGGAAUGAACCCACAGUUUGCUCGUCCUGAUUGGAUGAUAGUCACCGUGGUUCCUGUACCCCCACUGGCUGUGAGGCCGGCUGUGGUCAUGCAUGGCUCGGCCAAAAAUCAGGAUGAUCUCACUCACAAACUGGCGGACAUUGUCAAAGCCAACCAGCAGCUGAUCAGAAAUGAACAGAACGGAGCAGCCUCUCACAUCAUUCAGGAAGAUAUCAAGAUGCUGCAAUUCCAUGUAGCCACAAUGGUCGACAACGAAAUCCCUGGGCUGCCAAGGGCUCUCCAACGUGGUGGCCGGCCCCUCAAGUCAGUGAAGCAGCGACUCAAGACCAAAGAGGGUCGUGUUCGUGGUAACCUGAUGGGGAAGAGAGUGGACUUCUCGGCUCGCGCUGUUAUCACCCCAGACCCCAACAUCGAGAUUGACCAGGUGGGCGUGCCUCGGACUAUCGCUCAAAAUCUCACCUUCCCAGAGGCUGUCACCCCCUUCAACAUAGACAGAAUGCACACUUUGGUACAGCGAGGUCACAACCAGUACCCUGGUGCAAAGUACAUCAUCCGCGACACAGGGGAGAGGAUUGACCUACGCUUCCACCCCAAGCCAUCAGAUCUUCACUUGCAGUACGGCUACAAGGUGGAGCGUCACCUGAUCGACGAUGACAUCAUCAUCUUCAAUCGUCAGCCCACUCUCCACAAGAUGUCCAUGAUGGGUCAUCGUGUCAAGAUCCUCCCUUGGUCCACCUUCCGACUCAACCUCAGUGUGACCACACCCUACAACGCUGACUUUGACGGAGAUGAGAUGAAUCUCCAUGUGCCCCAGAGUCUAGAAACUAAAGCUGAGAUCCAAGAGAUGGUCAUGGUCAACCGAAACAUCCUCACCCCCCAAUCCAACCGACCUGUGAUGGGCAUCGUACAGGACUCACUGACAGCUGCUACUAAGAUGUCAAAGAGAGAUGUGUUCAUAGAAAAGGAGGAUGUAAUGAACCUCCUGAUGUGGCUGCCCUCGUGGGAUGGCAAGAUGCCACAACCAGCCAUCCUCAAACCCAAGCCACUCUGGACUGGCAAGCAGAUGUUCACACUCACCAUCCCCGGCAACAUCAAUGUCGUUCGUACUCACUCCACUCACCCUGACGAUGAGGACGAUAGUCCGUACAGGUUCAUCUCCCCAGGGGACACAAAGGUGCUCAUAGAGCAUGGAGUGUUGAUCUCCGGGAUCCUGUCCAAGGAUACGUUGGGAAACAAGUCCGGGUCACUCAUGCACGUCGUUGCCAUGGAGUUCAGUCCGGAGGUGGCCAGGGACUUCUAUGGAAACAUUCAGAAACUAGUCAACAACUAUUUGCUCAUUGAGGGGCACAGUAUUGGUAUAGGAGACACCAUUGCUGACACGUAUACUUACAACGACAUUCAGAGAACCAUCAGACAAGCCAAGAGUGAUGUGAUAGAGGUGAUCAAGAAGGCCCACAACAACGAUUUAGAGCCCACCCCGGGAAACACCCUCAGGCAGACGUUUGAGAACCAGGUCAACCGGAUCUUGAAUGAGGCCAGAGACAAGACCGGCUCCAGUGCUCAAAAGAGUCUCUCAGACUUCAACAACUUCAAGGUCAUGGUCACAGCUGGCUCCAAGGGAUCCAAGAUCAACAUCUCACAGGUCAUUGCUUGUGUGGGCCAACAGAAUGUAGAGGGUAAAAGAAUCCCAUUCGGGUUCCGACAUCGGACUCUGCCACAUUUCAUCAAAGACGACUACGGUCCCGAGAGCAAAGGGUUUGUGGAGAACUCGUACCUCGCUGGACUCACUCCCAACGAGUUCUACUUCCACGCCAUGGGAGGCAGAGAGGGUCUCAUUGACACAGCUGUCAAGACCUCAGAGACAGGUUACAUUCAGCGUCGCCUCAUCAAAGCUAUGGAAGGGCUCAUGGUCCAGUACGAUGGCACCAUCCGCAACUCAAACCGUCAGCUCAUCCAGCUACGCUACGGCGAGGACGGGAUGGACGGUGCCUUCAUGGAGUUCCAACAGCUGCCUACAAUCAAGCCCCCCGAUUCCAAAUUUGAGCAAAAGUUCCGUUUCGAUUGCACCAAUCAGAGGCACCUGCGACAUUGCUUCAAGGAGGAUAUUGUGCGAGACCUUCUCACCUCGUCGACAGCACAGACUGAGCUGGAGAUGGAGUGGCAGCAACUGUGCGAGGACAGGGAAGCUAUCAGAGUCGUCUUCCCCACCGGGAACAGCAAGACUGCCCUGCCUGUCAACCUGAGACGUUUGAUCUGGAAUGCUCAGAAGAUCUUUCACAUAAACACACGAGGUCAAACGGACCUCCACCCGCUCAAGGUUGUCGAGGGUGUUCGAGAGCUGGCCGAUAAACUGAUCAUUGUACAAGGAAAUGAUGAACUCUCAAAACAGGCACAGAAAAACGCCACAAUGCUUUUUAAAGCUCUCCUUCGCUCAGUCCUCUGCACUAAGAAGAUGUCGGAAGAACACAAGCUCAACUUGGAGGCUUUCGAGUGGGUACUUGGCGAGAUUGAGGCCAAGUUCCAACAAGCACAAGUGCAGCCCGGGGAGAUGGUGGGAGCUCUUGCUGCUCAGUCACUCGGAGAGCCUGCCACUCAGAUGACACUUAACACGUUUCAUUUCGCUGGUGUCUCGGCCAAGAAUGUGACUCUGGGUGUGCCAAGACUCAAGGAAAUUAUCAAUGUGUCCAAGCGCCCCAAGACCCCCUCUCUCACCAUCUUCCUCAGAGGACAGGCCGCAAAGGAUGCUGAAAAGUGCAAGGAUGUGUUGUGUCGUAUUGAGUACACGACCCUACGCAAGGUGACUGCCAACACUGCCAUCUACUACGAUCCUGACCCUCAAAACACGGUCAUAACUGAGGACCAAGAGUUUGUCAACGUCUAUUAUGAAAUGCCCGACUUUGACACGUCACGAAUCUCCCCCUGGCUGCUUCGUCUCGAGCUUGACCGCAAGAGAAUGACUGACAAAAAGUUGACCAUGGAACAGAUUGCUGAGAAGAUUAGCUCUCACUUUGGAGAAGAUUUAAACUGCAUCUUCAACGAUGACAAUGCCGAGAAACUUGUGCUCCGAAUCAGACUCAUGUCCAAUGAUGACAAGAAUAAAUAUGAUGGGGGGGAGGAGGAGCAGCUAGACAAGAUGGAGGAUGACAACUUUCUCCGCUGCCUUGAGGCUAAUCUCCUAUCAGACAUGUCCCUGCAAGGCAUUGAGCAGAUCGCCAAGGUGUACAUGCACUACCCCACUCAAGACUCCAAGAAACGAAUCAGCAUCAAUGAAGAGGGAGAGUACAAAGCGCACCAGGAGUGGAUCCUUGAGACGGACGGGGUUAACCUGUUGAGGGUACUCAGUGAGCCUCUCGUGGAUCCUGUUAGAACCACUUCCAAUCACAUUGUCGAGAUUUUGUCUGUUCUAGGAAUUGAGGCCGUACGAAAAGCAGUUGAGAAAGAGCUUUAUCACGUCAUCUCUUUUGAUGGCUCCUAUGUGAACUAUCGGCACUUGGCGCUACUGUGUGACAUCAUGUGUUGCCGUGGUCACCUUAUGGCCGUAACUAGACAUGGAAUAAACAGACAGGAUGUUGGGCCACUCAUGAAGUGUUCCUUUGAGGAAACGGUUGAUGUGUUGAUGGAGGCCUCAGCUCAUGCAGAGGUAGACUACAUGCGAGGAGUGAGCGAGAACAUCAUGCUCGGGCAGAUUCACCACGGCGGAACAGGAGCGUUUGAUCUGCUACUCGACUCUGAGAAAUGCAAGCAAGCUAUGGAAGUAUCAGCCCCUCUCCCCGGUGCUAUGAUGAUGCCCAACUUUGGAGGUAGUGAUAUGGGACCAGGAGGUGGACAAACCCCAUCAAUGACCCCUUGGGCACCCGGGGGUGGCAGUACACCGUACCUCGAGGCCUGGACUCCUGGCAGUGGGAUGACACCCUCAUCUGGAGCCGCAUUCUCCCCAGCACCUACUGAUGCUAGUGGAUUCAGCCCGGGAUACAGUCCCAAUUGGAGCCCCUCUUCUCCUGGUCCGUUUACACCACAGAGCUCAAUGGGCGACUUCUCUCCAUCAAGCCCUCAAUACUCGCCUGCAUCUCCUGGUGGACCAGCCAGUCCUUCUUACAGUCCAGCAAGUCCAGGCUACUCACCAGCCUCUCCCAAAUAUUCGCCAGCAUCACCUGGAUACUCGCCAGCAAGCCCAUCGUAUUCCCCGGCAAGUCCUUCAUACAGUCCAGCGAGUCCAAGAUACUCACCGGCGUCACCAACAUACAGUCCAGCUAGUCCGAGCUACUCACCGGCGUCACCAUCUUAUUCGCCAUCAUCACCGAGUUAUAGCCCCUCCUCUCCAAGCUAUAGUCCCUCCUCACCGAGCUAUAGUCCAUCAUCACCGAGCUACAGUCCAUCAUCACCUAGCUACAGUCCUUCGAGCCCAAGCUAUUCUCCAUCGAGUCCGAGUUAUUCACCAUCAAGCCCCAGUUACUCACCCUCCUCUCCAAGCUACAGCCCAUCGUCACCAAGCUAUAGCCCGUCGAGUCCCAGUUAUUCUCCAUCGAGUCCCAGCUAUUCUCCAUCAAGCCCCAGUUACUCGCCUUCCUCACCGAGUUAUAGCCCCUCAUCGCCGAGCUAUAGUCCAUCCUCGCCAAGUUAUUCGCCUUCGAGUCCGAACUACUCGCCUUCGAGUCCGAGCUAUUCUCCGUCAUCACCAAACUACAGUCCAUCGAAUCCAUCGUAUGUUCCUUCGAGUCCCACCUACAAUCCCUCGUCCCCUGAGUACAGUCCAAGCUCACCAACGUAUUCUCCGUCAUCGCCAAAGUUCACGCCAAACUCGCCUCAGUAUAGCCCUGGAUCUCCCGUGUACAGUCCAAGCUCACCGAAAUUCACGCCAAGUUCUCCUCAGUACACGGCAAGCUCACCAAAAUACUCUCCCAGUUCACCCCAAUACUCGCCUAACUCUCCGACGUAUUCACCUGGUGGAAGCUCACCUCAGUACACACCAAGCUCGCCCCAGUACUCUCCCUCGAGCCCCACCUAUUCUCCCGGUGCUGGGUAUUCCCCUACUGAUCGAAUGGAUACUAGUGUGUCACCUCCAAGCGGUGGCGACUCAAACAAGUUCACCCUUGCCUAUUCCCCGCCCUCACCCACCUACACCCCCAAGACACCUGAGAGUGAAGACGACGAUGACUAGACUGAUUGUAAACUGAGUUAAUAACCGUGAAAAACUGGAUAAAAUAAUUAAUAAUUUUGUAAGAGACUUGAAUUUGUAACUCUGCAUGAACUUCAUUAAUUUUAUUUAUCAUGUUUUGUUUGGUGCAAAUUUAACUAACAUAAUACGUGCACAUGUACAAUGCAUCCCUCUUUAAAUGAAUUAUUAUUCUGCAAUUAA